GAAAAUGUGUAUUCAAAUUCCGAUCAGCGACCUCAUAAAUUCAUGUUAGAUAAACGACAUUGUCGCUAGCAAUAUGCAGUAUUGAUGGCUGAAAGUUGAUGGUGUACCAUGUCGACGUGUGCAAAUUACUACUGUAGCUUGUGUCAAGAGGACGAUGAAACUUGUACAGCAGUCACGUGGUGUGCAGAAUGUGAGGUGUUUUUAUGCCUUGAAUGUCAGAAACAUCAUGGUAGAUCCAAGACGUCAAAGCAUCACCAAGUCAUGUCUCUUCAUGAUUACCAAAAUUUACCUGAGUUCAUGCUAAACAUAACGAACAAUUGUGAGGACCACGACCAAAAGUUUGAGCUGGUUUGCACCUUCCAUAACACAGCUUGUUGUAUGAAGUGUAUAAAAGAUCAUCAUAACAACUGUAAGAAUCUUGUGUCACUUGAUGAAGUUGUGGGAAAUAUUAAGUCCUCUGCAUACGUGUCCAAAGUUGAAACAGAUCUUCAUAAUCUGUUUGAAAAUUUAGUAACUAUUGGAAACUUUUUUUCGGAAAACCUCAGUGCAUUGGAAAAGGAGAAAAUAGAAGCUAUAAUCAGCGUUCAAAAUAUGAGACAAUCAAUAGAUGAACGUUUAAACAAACUGGAAAAAUAUUUAUUAAUAGAUAUUAGCUCAUCAUUCACAAUAACGCAAGACACUAUUCAGAAAUUGAAGUGUGAAAUCGACAUCAAAAUUGACCAGAUUGAACGAAAACGAAAAGAUUUUUCUAAAAUGGUCGAGUUUUCAACAGAUCUGCAAGCCUAUUUUGGUGUACAUGAAGUUGAAAAGGUUGCAAUAGAAGAAGAAAAGUACAUAAAUAAUUUGAAAUCUGCAGAUAACCUUCGUGAGAAAAAAAUGAAUGUAGAGCUCUCGUUUAAUUUAGAGUCAACAACGUUAGGAAAAGUAUCAAUUUUGCUAUCCCCUGAUCAUUUACAACUAAAACCAAAAGGGGAAGAAGCUCAAGUUCAUUCUUCCCAAAAUCAGGAUGUGGUUUUUAAUCAAAUCCAACCAGCCAUCAAGCAAAGAUUAAAAAUGCCAAAAAGAAUCAGUGCGCACAGCCAGAUGCCAGUCAUUGCAAAAGAUGAUUUUAUGUUAGUUGGGCAAGAAUCGGGAUCCGUUCGUCAACAAUCAAGUCCGUCUACAGAUCAGUUUUGCAAACUGCCUGAUUGCCUCGGGCUUGUUCGACUUAGCAUAAUCGCGUUAACCUAUUUUAUUAUUUUAAUAUUGUGUGUAGUUGCUUUCGCUGAGUAAUCGUAUCACGUUUUAAUAUAGAUGGUGAAGCAAACUUGGAUCAACCUUGUUGUUUUACAAAUCAUACAUUCACUGUGGUUUUACAAAUUGCAUGUUUAUUGGUAAACUAACCCUUUUCCAUUUAACAAUGCAUUCAAGUUUGCAAGCGAAAUAAUGACUCUCUUGAGUCGGCAACUUGAUGUUAUCGUGAAUGAUGAAAAACGGAACAUGAUAGCGUCUAAUAUAGACGGCGAAUGCUAGGGGAUUUGCAACUAUGACCUCAUGAAAUAUGUUAAAGUUACAUCUAAAUCAAUUCUUUAAAUUAUGACUUUCGUGUUAAUAUGUGACUGUGUUUACUCAUAUAGCUGUAUUCUGAGGCAAAAUCUACUAUACAGCACGAAUGACAGUAUAGUAUUCUCUAAUAAAAAGGGAGAAAAAAUUAAUGACCGUAUAAUCAUAAUAGCUUUGCGUUAAUGUUGCUAACACAAACAGCCACAAAAUUAUCGAAAAUGGAUUAAAAUCGAAAGAUAUAGUCUCCGGAGACAGUGAUAUAGAAAAACUUUUUGUCAUCAAUAUCAAAAGAAAAGAUCGUCAAUUUUAAAAGUAAAUCCUUUUUUUUCAAUUUAGCAACAAG